AAAGCCCAAUUGACUCACAAAAUAUAACCACUCUCAAAACUGUUGGGUACACACUUUUCUCUACAUGGACAAACCGCCCACAUCCAGCCCAAGCCCAACCCACCUUCCGCCGCCGUCGCCGCCGCCGCCGGAAUUGCACCAGAGCGAUGCAGACGAGGACGAUGAGAACGUUAAGCAGCUUCGAGAGUGUUCUUCCGCCUACUUAUCAUUGCAGGAUUGUCUGGUCAACACCAAUCGGAAUUGGAAAUCUUGUCAAAAAGAAGUUCAAGCUCUAAAGCAGUGCAGUCAAGGAAUGAAGAAAUAAUCAUAUACACUAGAGUUUAUGAUCGGAGAUGGGAGGUGAUUACUGACUAUUUUGUAUCCCUGUAAUUUUUCGAAUUUUUCUUUCAAUUUGAUCCCAUAAACAAUUAUUUUAGGCAAAUAAACCCCCAAAAUAAACUUUCAUUUCAUUA